AUGACACGUGACGGUGCGAUGGGCGCGGUGGCGGCGAUGGUGCUGGUGCUGGCCGUGGCCGUGGCGGUGCUGCCGGCGGCGGUGUCGGGGCAGGCGGGGGUGGCGACGUCGUGCACGGCGUCGCUGAUCAGCACGUUCACGCCGUGCCUCAACUUCGUGACGGGGAGCACCAACGGCGGGGGCUCGCCGACGCUGCAGUGCUGCAGGGCGGUGGCCGGGGUGGUCCGCACCGGCGCCGACUGCGCCUGCCUCAUCCUCACCGGCAACGUGCCCUUCGGCCUCCCCAUCAACCGCACCCUCGCCAUCUCCCUCCCCAGAGUCUGCAAGUCCCUCUCCGUCCCGCUCGUCUGCAGAGAUACAGCGACGCAAAUCCCAGCUCCAGGGCCAAUUGCAUUUGCUCCGGCACUGCCCCCUCUGCCAGCGUUGCCGCCGGAGUCAUCGGUGGAUGAGACGGCGACGUCGCCGGCGGUGGAAGCGCCGCCGGUCAUGCAGGGGCAGAGGCCGGUGGUGGUGCCCAGCUCGGCGUGGAGGGGCGCCCGUGCUCCCUCCGUUCUGCUGCUUGCAGUCGCAUCCAUUUUGGCUCUGGUUAUGUAG